AUGCUCCCGCGCACGCCGUCGAUGGCAGCGAACACGACAUUUAGAUUUUUGAUUACAUUUCUCUGCUUCAUUUCACUUGCAUAUGCCCAAAAUGCUAGCAAUAGACCUGGCACCAUCGAGACCUGGCACCUCGUAACGUGUCAGCCCGUUGGGGACUGCGAGCCAUGUCCUGAGUACGCGCGGCAUGAACCGUUCUGCCAACCUUUUGGAAACCGACAGCUCGUACGCUGCCCUCCAGCACCAUCUUCACCCCCAUCGCCCUACCAAACCACCAGUCCACUUUCCACAUCUUCUUCCGAUCAUCUAGCAUCUCCUCUAAUAGGUCGGAUUCCCGCAUGGGAGUCAUGCGGCCGAAACCUUGCAAAAGAACGCGGAGACUUCUACGAGUUCAUCGCAUGCAACCUCAUAUUCGCCGCAGUUGCGCUAGGCUUGACGUAUGUGCGCUCACAGAGAGCUGAGGCAAAUCAGGCCAGACAGCUUGCUGCGCGCAUUGGGCUGGUGAGGGGUGGGGAAGGACACGCAGUAGCAGAUGAGUGA